GGGUCGCCCACAAAAUCUAUCACGAAGGCUCCGUUGCCGCGUGCGCGCCCAUGCCGCUCUCCUGCUUCGCCGCCGGCGGCGGCAGAGGCGGCGACCCCUCACCGGGGCCACCGUCCUCCGCGUCGACGUCCGUCUACUGGACGCACCUCGGAGCCAUCACGCUGACGUGGUCCCGCACCCGGUUCGGCCUCCUCCUGGCCGCGGAGCUCCGCCUCGCCAAGGACGCCGCCGUGCCCGCGCGCUUCGUGCUCCGGCCGUGGCUCCCGUGGCGGCGACGCGGAGCCAAGCGGUUCUCAGCGCCGGGCGGCCGCGUCGUCGCGUUCUCGUGGGACCUCUCGCGCGCCGGCUUCGCCUCCGCCCGCCGGCCGGAGCCCGUGUCCCGGUACAGCCUACACGUCUCGGUCGACGGCGAGCUCGCGCUGGCCGUCGGGGACCUCGCGCCCCCCGCGUCCGCGGGUCUCCUCCUGUCCCGCCGGGAGAACGCCGUCGCCGUUGCAACCGGAGACGCAUACACAACCACCGUCUCCGUCGCGGGCGAGACGCACAAGGUGUCCCUCGCCGUGGAGGACUCCACCAUGUGGGUCGCCGUGGAUGGCGAGAAGGCCCUCCAGGUGCGCCGCCUACGGUGGAAGUUCCGCGGCAGCGAGAGGCUGGACCUCCCCCGCGGCCGCGUCCGGGUCACGUGGGACCUCCACAGCUGGCUCUUCUCCCCGGACGCGGCCGCCGUCUUCGUCCUCCGGUUCGAAACGGCCGACGCGGACGAAGCGGACGGCAAGGACGUGGAGGAAGACGCGGGCUUGCACGCACUACUAAGGCAGAGUUCUUUCAAGAAUCACCACGGCGGCGGCGGCGAGAGCUGGUGCAGCAGUGACAGCGAUAGGAGGGGAUGGAGGCGUGGCCCGUUCAGGUCGGGCUCCGACACGUCGCCGUCGGUGUCGGUGGCGUCGACGUCCGCGGCGUCGUCGGCAGGUAGCGUGGCGAUGGUGUCCGAGUGGGCGGCCGCGGAGGAGGAGGCGGCGCUGAAGGACGGUGGCGGGUUCUCCCUCGUGGUCCACCUUUGGAAGAAGAGCAAGUAACGGCAAUGCAUCCAUGGUGUUGGUGCAUUGCUCGCAGUUCAUUGGAUUGUAUGGAACAGAAUCAGUUCGUGCUUGGUAUUUGGAAGCAAAUGCUUUCUGGUGAGAAAGAUUUUGUCAAAACGGAUGAACAUCCUGUGAGUACAAGUUUUGAUCUCAUGUUCGUGACUUGAUCCAGAAAAAGGACAAUGAAUUUCGAGACUGCCACUUGCUCUUAUUCUCUUUUCUAGGCGUUACCGGAGCAGUAAGGGGCUGUUUAGUAGAGCUUUAAUUCUAUAGUGAAAAUAGGAUAAAAGUAAUUUUAUGGUGAAAGUGAUUUUAUUUGUAAAAUUGUUUGGUAUGUUAGUGGUGGAAGUGAUUUUUGAGAGAAUAUUGUGUUAAAAUCGAGGAGAAUCAGUCGAGAAUCA